GGAUGGAAGUAACGUAUUGGGUAAUAGAAGGCGUUUCCGACUUAAAAGCGCGCACGUGUGUGUGUGUGUGUUUACAGUUUAGAGCGUCGACUGUUAGCAUUGCUAGCCUAGCUCGCUGCCUUUCGGGUUCAAAUAAAGUCGACUUUAGCCAAAAGCUAUCGUCCAGUUCAGUGUCGGGAGACUCACGAUGAGCUGCCGUGUCGAUGAGUUGUUCCAUGUUGUUUUUAUCUGGCGAGAAAGUCAAGUUUAAGUCCAUGAACACCGACAUGAUGAUAAGGCGGAGGAAGGAGCCGUGCACCACAUGCGGAGCGAAACACCGAAGUUCCUUAUGGGAAAUAAAGUUCUUGGCUGCUCCCAAAUACUUCCGCCAGGGGGCAGAACCACGGACAUGAAUUGUUAGAUACCACACGCCCAUUUUGAGCUCUGCGUCGACGGCGACGUUAAUCUUGGGAGGUCGAAGUUGUCAACGCAUUCACUGUGUGUGUGUGUGUACUGCAAGAAAACCAAAAGACCAAGGAUGCCGCGUUGACAAAACAGUAACCCUAAUGAAAAUCGAUUGAGGAAUAAGAAAGUUACCUUGUAUGGGAAAGUCGACCUCCCCAACAUGGCGGCUACAUAGGCAUUACGAAGCUGGGGGGGGGUCAGCAUGAAACUUGAUGAAUGAUGAACUUUUGAGCCAUGUUGAAGAAGUUUCUGUGUUCGUCUUCACGUCUUCUUGUGUUCCACCGUCGCUCAAGCUUUGUCUCCAGGAUGAGGUACAUGAAGAAGCUGCAGCAGGACGACGGAGCGUGCGUUGCAGCACUUGCGACGGGGCAUCUUCUCCUCUUCCACCGACUUGAUCCUCUGCUGCGCAGAAACAACGCAGGAAGCUUCACCAGCCCAACUCUGCACUACACGGAUAUGCAGUCGGUGGUGCAGGCGCUGGGCACUAAAGAGUCACUGCUGAAGGAGUCUGUUCUCAUUGGCUGCCGUGAGGACACGCAGGCGUACUUCUGCCUGGAUGUGGGACAGCUGGAUCGGGCGUCAGUAGAGAAGUUGUGUGACGGAACCUUUGUGGACCUGAAGAAGUCGUUUUUUCUGCUGUCAGGGGCGGAGGCGCCUCUUGUGGCGAAGGGCAAGGCGCUCCUGCGCUGGCAUCAGACCAACAAGUACUGCGGCGCCAGCGGUCAGUCGACGUGCCGAAACCAGGCGGGAAGUCACAGAGUGUGCGGCACCAACGGCGUGUUCUCGUAUCCCACGAUGGCACCGGUGGUCAUCGUGCUGGUGUCUGACGGCCGGCGAUGUUUGUUAGGCAGGCAGUCGUCAUUCCCGCCCGGCCUGUACAGCGCCUUGGCUGGUUUCUGCGACAUGGGAGAGAGCCUGGAGGAGGCGCUGCGAAGGGAGGUGGCGGAGGAGGUGGGCCUGGAAGUGGACGCCGUCUCUUACAGCUCGUCGCAGCACUGGCCGCAUCCGCACAGCUCCUUCAUGCUGGCGUGCCACGCCCAUGUUAGCCCCGCCCAGACUCAGCUUCUUGUGGACCACACAGAGUUGCAGGACGCUCGUUGGUUCACGUUGGACGAGAUCAGUGCCGCCCUGAACGCAAAGGCACCGCCCAGCGGAGGUCUCCUCGCCGCCGCGCCCUGGUUGCCGCCAAAACACGCCAUCGCUCGCCACCUCAUCAGUGAGUGGGCUGAGAGACAGCGCGCCGCUGGGAGGCCGGACGGGUAGAUGCUUCCCAUCUGGAGUCCAGCCAGGUGUUUUAAGAAGAAAGAGAAGAAAAUACUUUUAUUCCACAAAAAGAAUCAUACGUGAAUAAAUCAUGAGAACCUGUAUUUUCUCAUGUCAUCACUCAACACACGCACACAACUUUAUUUG